AUGACAAUCGUAAACAAUGCCUUCAUAGCGUCAGUUCUAAUUUAUUCAUUUCUUUAUGAUUCUAGACUGCUAUACAUAUUUAUUGGGAUCAUCAGUAAGAAUCAUUACGAUAUACUAGUUAUAUAUUAAGUAUUAUCAUAUUUGUUCUAUCCAAAUGUUGGUUAUGGAUCUGGUAGAAGAAGAUUAUCUUAAGCUCUUUGGAGUCCACCAACUGAAGGAGUUAUUCAUAAUUUAGUAGAAAUAGAUUUGACAAACACUAUGAAAUAUCUAUCUUCAUAACAAGCAAAGUAAAUAAAUAAACAAUAAUUCAUUCAGAGAUUCACGUGUUACAUUAACUCAUAUUUGUAUAAGAGCAAUAGCUGAAUGUAUUAAUGCUAGUAGAAAGAAAAUAUGUGGAAAAAUUGUAUUUGGAAAGUUUGUUGAAUUUCCUACAAUUGAUAUUUCAUGCUUAGUAAACAUUGGUGAAGGAGAUGAUUUAGCAGCAUUAUUAGUUUAAAAUGCUGACAAGAAAACCUUUGAAGAUAUUGCAGAAUAUAUUAAUGGCAAAGCUAAAUUAGCUAAAUAGGGUAAGGAUGAAGAACAUUAAUAAAGAUCAGGAUUAUUAAAAUAUCUUCCUCCUUUGUAAUUAUUAUUAUUUUAUAUUUAUAGUGUUAUUAGUUUACUAAUUUAAGUCACAUCUUUUCUAACAUAUAAUUUAGGAAUCACAAUCAAAGCAUUAGGUUUAAAAAAAGAUUGCUUUGGAGUAGCUACUGUAACUUCUAUAGGAACUCUUGGAUUUAAAAAUGCCAUUGCUCCAUUCACUCCAAUGAUGAGAAAUCUAUUGAUUGUCACUGUUAAUUAAAUUGUAGAUAAAGCACUUGUUAAAGAUGGAUAAAUUGUUAUUGCCCCUACAUUUUAAUUAAACUUUUGCACUGAUCAUAGAUUCUUAGAUGGUGGAGCUAUCGUUAAAUCAAAUAAAGUGGUAAUCUUAUUCAAUUUAAUAUUAUUCAGUUAUAUGAUGUAUUUGAAAAUCCAGAUAAAUAUGCAAGAAAAUGA